GUGAUGCCAUGGCAAUGAUAACCGUCUAACAUUUGCUCUGCGCCUUUUUUUAUUUAAAUCAAAAUGAAAGUAAAAUUUGCGUUGUUUUUUAUAUGGAAUAUUCUGUUUUCUGUGUGUUCACUGGAUCAUAUUCCGAGGCUGACCCUCCAUCAGGGUGGUGGGAACAAACUGUUAUACAGCCAGAUUCAGAAACACACAGUAUUCUUUCAUCCAGAAGGGUCUGAUGAACUGUAUGUUGGUGGAACUGACUUGGUGUACAGAUUUAAUGUAGAUAAUGGCCUUUUGGUAGAGAACUUUUCGCUGUCAGCGACAGGGGCGCAAAACUGUGAAAAGAAUCCCUGUGAAAAUGUCAUUACUGUCAUUCAGCAAUUCCAGGACAGCCUAUUCGUAUGUGGGACAAAUGGAAACAAGCCACAGUGUUGGAAGCUGUAUCCCCAGGUGGCUAAUCGAUCAAGUGAGAUUAUUGAGAGUUACGAAGGCACAGGGAUCUCUCCGCACAUUUACACACAGAACUCCAUAUCUCUCACCAUAGAGGGGGAUCUUUACGCCGCUGUGCCCCUGAAUAGCGACGGCACCUCGCUGCAGUUCCGUAGGAAGGCUGGCCUGAGAUCCAACGUCUGGAUGUACGACGGAUGGGUGACGGAACCCACCUUCAUCUCUGCUAGUUGGGUCAAGCGUGACAAGGAUCCAGAGCAGGAGAAGAUCUACAUGUUCUUCAGGGAGAAGAACUCAGACAGCUCCCCAGAAGCGGAUCCCUGGAUAUCAAGAGUGGCUCAAGUGUGCAAGGUGGACGAGGGCGGGUCCAAGAGAUUCUUACAGAACAUGUGGACAUCGUUCCUAAAGGCACGGCUUGUGUGCGGGAUCCCCAAGGAGUCUCUGUACUUCAACCGUCUGCAGGACAUCUUUGUCCAGCAUGCUGAUGACUGGAGAGACAGCCGGGUGUACGCCCUCUUCACCAGCAGCUGGAACUCCACUGCUGUUUGCAUAUACUCAAUGGCAGAUAUUGAUAGCGUCUUUGAGAAUUCCGCCUUCAAAGGUUUCAGUGAAGAAAUUCCAAAGCCAAGGCCUGGAACAUGUGUCCCAAACAGCAAGGCCAUGCCCAUGGCCACCAUCAGGGUCAUAAAGGAUCACCCUGAAAUGAGUGACUGGAUCCACCCCAUCCAUCGCCAGGCCCCCUUCUACAUCAGCAGUAACAACUACACCAAGAUCACCGUGGACAGAGUGAGGGCUGCUAAUGAAAGCACUCACAACGUGCUGUUCCUUGCCACCGACCACGGGAUGAUCCACAAAAUCUUAGAGGACGACUUUAAACCCUUCAUCAUCUCAGAGACGCACCUCACUAAUCAUAGUGCCCCUGUUCAGUCCAUGAAACUGGACUCCACAAAGAGGAAGCUUUUUGUUGGCUUUCCGGAGCAGAUUGCUCAGUUGGAUCUACAGAGAUGCCAAGAUUACAACAGGUCUUGUGAAGAUUGCAUUUUGGCACGUGACCCAUACUGUGCUUGGAGCCAGUUUGGAUGCACUCCUGUCAGCCAGGGUGGAAUUCAGAAUCUUGCCGGAGGCAAAACAGACAUUUGUCACAAAAAUAAUGAAGUUACAGGAGAAAAAAGAAAAAAGCGGCAGACCCCUUCAUCAUCAGCGGACCCUCCUGAAGUCGCCUACUCCGUCCCUCUGGGGGUCCCUUUUUACCUGUCCUGUCCCAUACACUCCCAUCACGCCUCCUACCGAUGGGAGAACAAUGACCGCAUCAGCCAGUGCCGGCAGACAGAGUCUGACUGCCUGCAUCUCAUCACAGCUAUGAGUGAGGACGACUACGGGAGUUACCGUUGUGUCUCCAGAGAGCAGGACUACACAAUGAUUGUGAAAGCAUAUGAGCUGAACCCAACCCAAGAAGUGGAGCACCAAAAGAAUGCCGUAACCCAGGUCGCUGCACAGAGUAUAGUCAUGACUGUGCUUGUAUCAGCACCUAUAGCAGUGUUCUGCCAUUAGAACUAACAUUUUUCCUUGCCGCUCUUGCCUGCUGUGCUUUCCGUGCAAUUUUUUUAGCCCAGUAACAAACUCAGCUGAAAGAAGAGUGGGAAGGUAAGCACUUUAGGGGGAAAGUGAAGUCUGCUGAAGUCUGAAGUCUCCUGACUUAAGUAUGGGCUGUUCACUGUAAGGGCUCAGAGACACCUUAAAACUGCUUAUCAGGAGCAGCUUGACUUUAAUCAUCAGCAACCUGAUCAGUGUCAGAGUUCAUUUAUCACCAUGAAGGCUGUGUACACUGCAUUCUUUCUUGGUCCCCCCCAGCAACAGAGUCAUUGUAUAAUAUAUAGAGAUUCUGACAUGUUGGGUAGUACACAUUACCUGUGGUAGUGUUUUCUUAACUUGAAGAAAAGGCUUGGAAAAGAAGUAGCAUUGCUGAAAGAUGUGUGUGCCUCAUAAGGUACCCAUUCAAACAGAAGGUUAUACUUAUCUGAUUCUGCAUGCAGACUUCAGAAGACAGUGCAAUUAGUGUAAUUAGUGGGGUAGCAGACGUGGUAUACAGGAAGGUACAGAUUUUUCUUACAUGUGGUAGUGAACCUGUCUGUGGUGCAGAUGUCUUCAGGCCUGAACCUGACCUCAGCUGACCCCCACCC